UUCAAACCAACGCUCUGAUGGCUACAGUCUGUGCAAGACCAGCGCUAGUGGGUCCGCGAGCAUCAGGUUCGCAGCAGAACAUCAACACCUCGGUCAGAGGGAAGCCGACAGCUGUGCCAAACAAGCACCUCCCAGACACAUGUUCUCCUGGUCCUACACCGACCAAGCUACAACAACAGCAGCUCGAGACUCCACCAGGGUCUCCCGAAGCGCCUGGCAGUCAGCAAGUAAUAGACAUACCUUCUCUCCUAGUUGACGCCGACAAACACCCCAGAGUUAGCGAUAGUCCACCCGUCUAUGCAUUGAGCGCUCAAGAGCUUUAUGGAGCACUGGAACACACUGCUACGCGCCCCUUACCAGACACAAAGACCGUCUUCCCCUGGCUCCACGGCCUACACCCUGAUAACAACAUUCAAUUGACCUACUUCUCGGCGCGCAACAAGAAACAGUUCCGACGGGCUCCUCGCACUCUGCGUGGCAUAACAGUCGUCAAAGCAGGAGGCGACCUCAGCCACUCCAAGAUCAGGGGCGCUAUUUCUCCUGAUGAGCUACUGCUCGCAACAAAGACCGGCGAACAAAUCUCAACCUUCCUCGAUGUCGAUCCAAAAGAUGGCUUCUCUAUCCGGAACUUCCAGAUUCAAGCAGUCAAGAUGGCUACUAUGAGUGAUAUAGUCAUCUAUGCUGAUGACAAGACGCCGAAGACGGUUCUCAACAAGUUGGCGUCCAUAAUCGCCAGGGCUCAGAAAGUGUGGAGAGAAAAGGACAGAGACAACGACGUCGAAGUCCCCCAGUUCCACACAUAUGUGAUGANNAAGUUACAAGCCGAGCAUCCAGAGAUCGUAGCGAUCGACGACAAUGGAAACAUGACCGUCCACUCGGAGAGAUACGAGAUGCACACCAUGUCCUCGGCCACUGAGAUCGCGAACAACGUUUGGCUUGGCCCCACGCCUGACGCUUCGUUGACAGUACCGUCGGAUCCAGAUGCAGCACUACCUUCCGCAGCACAAGCCUAUGAUCUGUUCGUAGAAGCAACCGAUCCAGCUCAACUACCGGACAAGAAAGCGUUCCACCUAAUGGAGAGUCUCCUGUCAAACCCGAAAGUAUCCAACAAUGCAAUUCCUCAGCUCGAAUUCCCAGGUUCUGGCUCCAUAAUGCCUCCGACUUGGUCUCAGGCCGAGGUAGAUGCUUUGAUGGACACGGUAACAUGGCUAUACAGACAAGCAAACCCGGACCACGAAGAGCCGAUCCACCGCAAGGACAGUCAGCAGAUGACCCCACCCAAAUAUCGAGAUGUUGAUGGUGACAUUGGCAUGAUGGAUCUCGAUCUCCGUGCUGAGCGUGAAGGCCGGAAAGUCCUGAUCCACUGCACAGACGGAUACACUGAAUCCUCCUUGCUGGCACUCGCCUACUACAUGUACGCCAACUGUGCGACAGUAGACAGGGCUUACGUGGAGCUUCACACCAAGCAUCAUCGCAACCUCUUCUCAUACCCCACCGAUGUCGCUCUUCUGAGUUCGAUUCAGCCCAGAAUUCUGCAAGCAUCGCCCAACUCGACCAACUCAAUGGCAGCGCUGUGCCAGCCUACUCCUCGAUGGCUCGGCAAGAUGGACGGCUCUUUCCCUUCUAGAAUCAUGAAUUACAUGUACCUCGGAAAUCUUGGUCACGCGAACAACCCAGACUUGUUGCGUGAACUCAACAUUGGACAGAUCCUUAGUGUUGGUGAGACGAUUAGCUGGACCAGUGACGAGACCAAGAGAUGGAAAGACGACGCUCGCACGAAAGACAGCAUUCUCUAUGUCGAUGGCGUCCAAGAUAAUGGUGUAGAUCCGCUUACAUCGUCCUUCUCCAGGUGCUUAGAAUUUAUUAAGGCCGGUGUUGCCACUCUAGUCCACUGCAGAGUAGGUGUAUCCAGAUCUGCAACAAUCUGUAUCGCAGAGGUGAUGAAUGAGCUUGGGCUCUCGCUCCCUCGCGCCUACUGUUUCGUUCGGGCCCGCCGCCUGAAUUGGGAAGAACACCAAUGCCUCAAGCGCGGCAAAUCAGUCCGCAGAGAACUCGAGUGGGGCACGAUAGCCCGCGAAAUCGCAGCCAUGAACCGCCCUUAUUCGAGGCAG